CAUAAAGGACAAAAUAUCAAUCAGACUCUUCCUCAAAGAAUACACUAAACAAUCUCCUAAACCUCUCUCAUUCACGCAAUCCCCUCUCCCUUCCCCACCCCUCCCUCUCCCUCUCUCUGAAUCUUAAAGAAGCGUUCUUUGUAUCGCGAAGCUCCUUCAGACCCGGGUUUCGUCCCCCGUCGAAUCGAUCUGGGUCGGUGGUGUUUUCGCGGGAUUGAAUCGGUUCUGAAUCGCGGAGCAUGAGGAAGAGGGAGAGAGAGAACCCGUGCGGGGUCUGUGGCCACUACCACAAGUACGAGGAGGGCGAGGUGUGCGGGAUUUGCGGCCACCGGAUUCCGGCGGCGGCGGAGAAGGCGUCGGUCCACGUCAGCGCGUUCCCGACGGAGAUCUUGCCGGAGUUCCUCUACCUGGGGAGCUACGACAACGCCUCGCGGUCCGAGCUCCUCAAGACGCAGGGGAUUUCGCGUAUUCUCAAUACUGUUCCUGCGUGUCAAAAUCUUUACAAAAAUUCAUUUACUUAUCACUGCCUCCAAGAUGACAAAACUUUAUCCUUUGACAAUGCGAACCAGUUCUUAGAGCAAUGUGAAAGGGACAAAGCCCGAGUUCUUGUGCAUUGCAUGUCUGGAAAAAAUAGAUCGCCAGCCGUUGUGAUAGCUUACUUGAUGAAGUCAAGAGGAUGGAGGCUCGCACAGAGUUACCCGUGGGUGAAAGAGCGGAGACCAUCAGUGGACUUAAAUGAAGCUGUAUACCAGCAAUUGCAAGAAUAUGAGCAGAAGAUAUUUGGUUUGAUGGAUGGAUGCGAUGUAGUUCCACCUGUCUUCCCAUCUAUAAAUGCACAACCCUUCAGUUUUGGCUUCCCGAAGGUUAACAACCCAGUUCCGCCUCCUGCAUUCAAUGAUAGUGCUUCCUCAAUCUUCAGUCGCUCUCCGUUAGAUAUUUCACCACACGAGUUUACUUUUGGAGCAAGCCAAUUACAGAAAAGUUGCCACGAAAGCCCUCUCACAGCAAACUCCACAAACUCAAAUGGCGGCGAUACACCGAUGGACAGUGCUUAAAUUGCUUGCUAUCCCGUGGCUCCAAAAUCAUCCGUUUGUUGGGAGCAUCCGGUGCAGACUUAACGAGACUGUUCCUGUCGUCGGUUGUAAAGUUGGGCGAAUGUUAAAAACUUGCUUUUUUAGAAUGCAUGUUGGUAAAGGAAUUUGUGCUCUGGUUCCUGGUAAGAUUUCUCAAAAGGCAAGUGUUUUUUUUGGGGGCUUGUCUGUAAUAACUUUUAUACAACUUCAGUUGUUAAAAGUCUGAUGGUGAGUUGCUUUACCUUUCCUUCA